AUGGCAAAGAACUACUCAGUGGAAUGGCUUUCUCAGAGCUUUCAUUGUUCCAGUACCACGGUGGGUCUCGAGAGACCAAAAGACGCUGCAAUUGGAUUUUUAAAACCUCACGUUCCUUGUGUAGUUCAGCCUCGAGCGCCAACUUUCUACAAGGAAGUGUCGGUGGAACCUAAGACUAGGCAGAAAACACCGCUACUUCUCCAACUAGUAAGUAUCAUUUUUAUCGGAAUGUUAACCGUGGCUGUAUGCAUUGUGGUGAUAGUGACCGUGAACGUUAUUCCUUGUAGACUAACCGUUAAUGUGUUUUCAGACAGCUGCGGGUAUACAUCGGGCUCCGAAAGCGAUGUUGGAGAUGACAGCGAAGGAGAAACUUACGCUCAUCGUAGAAUGAGAACAAAGUUCACCUCAGAUCAGAUAUACAGACUGGAAAAAACUUUCAACAAGCACAAGUAUCUUGGGGCAACCCAGAGGAGAAAGAUGGCGGAAAGACUGCAUCUCUCUGAAACUCAGGUGAAAACUUGGUUUCAGAACCGAAGGAUGAAGCUGAAGCGCGAGGUUCAGGACUUGCGUGCGGAGUACUUCGCCCCAGCACUGCUAUGCCAGACGGCCUUCCCGACCGCUGCUUCGCUUCAGCACCACGGCUACGGUGGACAGCGCGUUGCUCUCACUCCAGCUGCAAGCGCGCCGUACCGACCUCUAAUCCAGCAGCUUCCUGUGCAACAGAUGAUCCCAUCCCCACUCAUCCAUCCAUUGUUUUUCCCGCCCCAUUAUUACGCACAACUGUGAUUU